UUCACAGCUGGCUGCAGUGGCUGCAAAGAUAUCUCGCCUUUUGAUAACAAAUUUCUGUGCAAAAUGAGCAGCAGCUAUUAUUUUGCCAUCGUCGGUCAUAACGAUAAUCCCAUAUUUGAGACGGAAUUCGUCACAGUAAACAAGGAAGCCAAGAAAGAGGAUCAUCGGCACCUGAACCAAUUCAUCGCACAUGCUGCACUGGAUCUGAUCGACGAGCACAAAUGGAAAACAAAUAAUACGUACUUGAAGUCGAUCGACAAAUUCAACCAGUGGUUCGUGUCCGGGUUUGUCACCGCGAGUCAUCUACGCUUCGUGAUGGUACACGACAACCGGAACGAUGACGGUAUCAAGAACUUCUUCAACGAGAUGUACGAAACGUACAUUAAGUACCUGAUGAAUCCGUUCUACAUGCCGAACACGCCGAUAAAAUCUCUUGCGUUCGAGAAGAAAGCACAACUGUACGGUAAAAAGUUCCUUGGAACGUAAUGUUACACCACACCGUAGGGCAUGGAGAUUGUUUUCGGAUACAUUCGCAAUUAUUACUAAUAGCUUAUA